AUGAAACGAUUGCUCAAUAGUUCCAUACGACUCCGAAACCGAGUAGGAUUGGCAUCGUCGAUGGAACAGGCUGGUGCAAGUCAAAUUGCCAUCAAGGUAGUUGAUGAUCCAGAAAUACAGAAGGAACAACCUUCGCUAUGGAAACAAGUAAAAGAAAAAGUGAUUUCUUUUUAUAUUUAUCCCGAGAGUACGCCAAGGAUAGUGAUGGAUUUUGUCAUGUCCUUUGUUAUUCUUUAUAAUGCCGUGGUAGCUACCUAUUUAGCAUGUUUUGAGGAGUAUAUUCACUUUGGCUUUUUAAUUGUAAAUAUACUGAUGGAUCUAUUGGGUAUUUUGAACAUUUUUGCUCACCUACUUGAGGUUAAAAUGGUUGGAGCCGACCCAGAGAAAUCAAGAAUUGGAAGGCUUCUCUCUUAUUGGAAACUAUUACUAAUUGACAUUCUUUCUUACUGUACUCUUUACGACUGGUUUUUACUGAACUAUCCGUACUUCAGAUUGUUUCGAAUAAUUCCGAUUUUGACAUUGAGAUUUGGUGAUUACUACAAGACAGUGGAACAAAAGAGUAGAGUGAAUCCUAUUUAUUUGCGAAUUGUCAAGUCUGUUAUCUACUUGACGAUUAUCAUUCAUUGGUUCUCUUGUUUAUACUUUUUAAACCUUAAUCAAUACCACGAAUAUGGUAAUAUUCUUAUCCAAACGGAUGCCACUGACAACCUUAAAUAUUUAAUAUUUAUGAAUCUCUCUGGAGAGCUUGGUUCAUACAACUUUUUAACAAGAAUAAGACAAUACAUUGGAAGCAUGUAUUUUGCGACUUUGUUCCUUGUCGGGUUCGGAACUGACGUACCUCAAGAUGAAUUGGGAGCCCUUUACUCCAUUAUGAAUGCUGUUUUUGGUGUCAUGUUUAUUGCCUCCGUAGUCGGAGUCGUGUCCAAUCUAGUGAACCAGAUGAACCAAAAGAGUUCAAAGUUUAAUAGAAAACUUGAUGACAUUACUGGCUACUUAAAGUUCAGAAAAGUUAAUACAAAAUUAAUAUCUGAUUCAAGAAAUUUUUUGGGAAUCAUCCAAAGGGCCAACAGAGAGCUCAAAUCAGAUGAUGAUAUUUUGGAAGAUUUGGAGUUAGAGACAAAACGAAAAGUAUCUCAGUAUCUGCACAAAGACUUGGUCAAGAAAGUGCCUUUUAUGAAAGACAUGGAAGAAUUAUUUAUUCAAGAAAUUUGUCUUUACCUUGAGCAUACUAUUAUAUUGGAGAACUAUUAUGUCAUGCAGUUUGGAGAAGUUGGAAGAGAGAUGUUUUUCCUCGGAAAGGGAAGUGUCGAAAUUGUUGGUCCACAGGGUCAAAUUUGGGCUUCUUUAUCGUCUGGAUCAUUUUUUGGGGAAGUUGCAUUAAUCCUUAAUUCAAAACGCAUGGCCUCUGUUAGAACCAAAGAAAUUUGUGAAGUGUUUAUUUUGCACAAAGAAGAUUUCGACAAUGUGCUUUCAAGGUUUCCUGAAGCAAAGAAAAAAAUUCAAGAAGAAGCAGAAAAAAGAACACAAGCGGCUCAAAAAACAGCAGAAACAAAGACCAGAGUUCAAACAAAAGUCAAGACAAUUGUAAAACUAUUUGGAAAAAGAGCCUCAGAUGUGUCUCCUAGAUCUGCCAUGGCAGCCUCUAAAUCUGGAUCCCAAAACAAGCUUGUUGAGGACGAGAAAAAGGAAGAAAAUAAGGAGGAUCCAAAUCAUGCAAACGCUUCUCCAGAAAAGAAAGAAGAUCCCCAUAAUGGUGAAAAACAGGCAGAAAAUCAAGAAAAGCAAGACCACAACGAAGAAAAAUCUAAAGAUGACCCUAACCAACAUCACCACAAUCAGGUCACUACCAAUCUAGAAAGUCACGAACAAGCAGAAGAAGAGAAGCCCACAGAGCAGACCAAUGAGUCCACCAAAUUACAAGAGUCAAAAGAAAACAAACCUAAAGUGCAGGAGCAAAGCUUGCCACAAGAAGAACCAAAACAAGAAAAUAAGGACAGUGAAAGUUUUACUGAAGAGAGUGAAAUUGAUCUUGGAGAACCAAAGAAAGAAGCAUCUGAGUAA